GUUCUUGAGUGUGGAGUCUGUGAAGAUGUGUUUUCUUUGCAAGGUGACAAAGUUCCCCGUCUGCUCCUGUGUGGCCACACCGUCUGCCACGACUGCCUGACCAGGCUUCCCCUUCAUGGCAGAGCAGUUCGAUGUCCUUUUGAUCGACAAGUUACUGAGCUAGGAGACUCUGGUGUCUGGGGAUUGAAAAAGAAUUUUGCUUUGUUGGAGCUCUUGGAACGGUUGCAGAAUGGUCCUGCUGGGCAGUGUGGGACAGCGGAAGAAGCUAUUGGUCUGUCUGGAGAGAGCAUCAUUCGUUGUGAUGAAGACGAGGCCCACGUUGCUUCUGUCUAUUGCACUGUUUGUGCCACUCACCUGUGUGCAGACUGUUCCCAACUCACUCACUCUACCAAGACCCUAGCGAAGCACAGGCGUGUGCCUCUUGCUGAUAAGCCUCAUGAGAAGACAAUGUGCUCCCAACACCAAGUGCAUGCCAUUGAGUUUGUGUGUUUAGAAGAGGGCUGUCAGGCGAGUCCUCUGAUGUGUUGUGUCUGCAAAGAAUAUGGGAAGCAUCAAGGUCAUAAG